GGCCUCUUGAACGGGCCGUCAUGGUCUCAAUUAAUCUGCCGCUUGUGGUGUAAGAAAAAUCUAUAGUCUAUAUACCUUUCUACAACUCUCCCUUCCUUGAAUUAUAUCCCACGUACCCCGCUGUCUACUACUACAUUCUCUGUUAACUCCACACUUUCACAUUUACAUACGUGACCAUGUCGCACGCACGCAAGAACAGUCUAUGGACGCCCCCCGUGGUGCAGACACCGAAGCUGCUAACCGGCAAAUCCAUGAUGAUUACCGGCGGCGUGACGGGCAUUGGCCGCGCCAUUGUCCUCGGGUACCUGCAGCACGGCGCAAAUGUCGCUGUGAACCACCUUGGGGACGACAAGUCCUCCUCGCAGUACCAGUCUCUGGUCGAUGAAGCUUCCCACAUCCUUGACGUGAGCAAAGAAGACGUAGAAAAGCGACUUGUCGAAGUACCCGGCGAUGUCGGAAACCCAGAGACGGGCAAGAAAAUGGUGGCAGCAGUGGUGGAGCGAUGGGGUCGCCUGGAUGUAGUCAUAAGCAACGCGGGUAUCUGCGAGUUCAAGGAGUUCCUAGAUAUCUCGGAAGAUCUCUGGACCUCGACUCUAAAUACCAACCUCACAGGCGCAUUCCACACCAUCCAAGCCGGCGCAAAGCAACUAUCGAUCCAGUCACCCCCAGGUGGUUCCAUAAUCGGUAUCUCGUCCAUCAGUGCACUGGUCGGGGGCGCGUACCAGGGUCACUAUACGCCUACGAAAGCUGGUGUGCUCUCGCUGAUCCAGUCAUCGGCGUGUGCGCUCGGAAAACACAAUAUCAGGUGCAAUGCCCUGCUGCCUGGUACAAUCAAGACACAGUUGAAUGAGAAGGAUCUGGAGGAUGAAGCGAAGAGAAAGUACAUGGAGGGCAGGAUACCUCUGGGUCGUACAGGUGUGCCCAGUGACCUCGCUGGUCCAGCCGUCUUCCUGGGCAGUGAUUUGAGUUCCUAUGUUAAUGGAGCCCAACUAUUGGUUGAUGGCGGGUUGUUUGUAAAUCUGCAAUAGAUGUGAAAAGGAAACACAAUUGGAUAGAUCAACGAAAUGUUCACAUGUCAC